GAGUUUGAAGAUGGCGUGACCCAGAAGUAGUGUUGUGAAAACCUGCGUUGAUGUUAAAAUUUAAAAGAUGACAGUUUGCAGCUUCUUUCUGCAAGGCAGGUGUCGGUAUGGUGAGAAAUGCUGGAACGAGCACCCGCGGGGCGGAGGCCGCAGCGGCGGCUACGGGAGCUCCGGCAGUCGGCCAUCUCCACAGUCUGGUAACAGCCGUGGAGGCGGAGGCCGCAGCGGCGGGUACGGGAGCUCCGGCAGUCGGCCAUCUCCACAGUCUGGUAACAGCCGUGGAGGCGGAAGUUUUGGAAACAGAGUGUGGGUGAACCCCUCUCAGAGGUCUUCUGGCCGUGACUAUGUCCAGUCGUCCUCCUUCUCCAAGGGUGGAGGCAGUGACUGGGGGAGAGAAGGGUCUGCUGGAGGGCAGGACAGCAAGAGCUCCAGCUUCAGCUUUUCCGCGCAGAACCGAUUCUCCUCUCUGAGCUCUCAGGCCUACGACGGCGGCGGCAGGGGAGACGACAAUGACAAACACCUGGAGAUGAUACAGAAGGACGUGGAGACCUGGGAGAGCUCUGGCCAGUGGCCCUUCUCAUGCUACUCCAUUCUCAAAGCCCCCAUCUCAGGUUUUUCAGAACUUUCUGCAGAAGAGUUGCGACUGGAGUAUUACAACAGCCGAGCUGCAGACGACCUGCAGAACUAUGCACACUCUGUCCAGCAGCUGGCCAACCAAUGGAGAAGCAGAGUGCAGGAGCUGAAGACCAUGAACUCCUCCACAAGGGCGGCGCUGAUUGCUGAACUGAACAACCCCAGUCCUCAAUCAAUGUCUAUGGGCUUUCCGUCCACAACAUCCAGCUUCGGAACAGGGGGUUUUGGUGCUGGAAGGCUGGACGACAGCAGCAGCAGCAGCUUCAGCUUCUCCUCUGGCAGUGCUGGAUUCGGAUCCGCGGGUGGUUUUGGUUCUGGCGGCACGCAGGGUCUACUGGGCUCGGGUUCUGCUGGCCCCUCACAGCCUCUGGCUCCUUUCGGGUCCUCGGGCAGCGGCUUUGGCAGCUCCGCCCCCCCCUCCGCCGCCUCCUUCUCUUUCACUGAGCCUGCAGCCAGCAAAACCCCACCCUCCUUUGCUGCAUCUGCCUCCGGUUUCAGCUUCUCGGCCGCAGGGUUUGGGCUCCCUGAAGCUGCGACCCCUGCUGCUGGGGGGGACUCCUUUGGGCAGCCCGUCAGAGUGCUGAGCGGAGUGGGGGCCGCCACCGGGGGCGCCCCAGAUAAACUGUUCACCCCCCAGUCUGAACUGACCCCUGAUGAGCUGAAAGAAUUUUCAGGGAAGAGGUUCACCUUGGGUCAGAUCCCCCUCAGACCGCCCCCUGCUGACCUGCUAGUGGUAUGA